AUGGAGACCUCAGAGGCUGAGGAAGGGUCCUUCUGGGCCCUCCUCCUGGCGUUGGUGGUGCUUCGGCGGGUUACUGGGCUGCUCACUCGCCUGUUCAGUGGCCAGGCUGAGGGGCCACCCACCACCAAUGUCGUGUUCCUCAAGACCCACAAGACAGCCGGCAGCACGGUGCUCAAAGUCCUCUACCACAACCUGACCACAGCACUGCCCGCUGUCGGCUCCCUGGCCUCUCCCUGGCGCUUCUUGGCACACUACGUGGAGAGCGCCCACCAGGAUGAGCCUGAUCCUCCCCGCACUUGGACAUCAACCUGCCCGAGCAAGCCCGUCUUCCACCUCCGACCUCUGCAGCUGCCUUUGGUGCAGAAAGUCAUGCCCAACAACACCUUCUACUUCUCCAUCCUGAGAAACCCCGAGGCGCAGAUGGAGGCCUCCUUCACCCACCACCAGGACUACCUGCCCUUCCAAGGACUCCGAAGUCUGGACGCGUUCCUGGACCCGCCACAGCGGUACCACAAUGCCAGCCGGGGGUGA